GCACACACACACUGGGGACAGUGCAAAGGUUACCAACUAUUUUCCAGCAGCUCCACAAACCCUAAAACUCAGGACAGCAGGAUGCUUAACAGUGGACAGUUACUGAGGACGGUUACAGUGGACGACUACUGAGGACGGUUACAGUGGACGACUACUGAGGACGGUUACAGUGGACUACUACUGAGAAUGGUUACAGUGGACGACUACUGAAGACGGUUACUGGGAAUAGUUACAGAGGAGUUUACUGUGGUAACUGUCCCCUGGAUGGUUCCAGUACACAGAUACUGAUGAAGCUGUGGUCAGUCGUCCAUCAAUUCCCAAAAUCUCCCAAAAUGCUGCUGACUGUGGGCAGCCUUUUGACUGUUUACAUCAUGAUGAUUCCCUUUCUCAGCAAAGUGUAUCCAGCCAAUCAGAUGCAGGAGUUUUAUCACAGAGUGCACUGUUCCCGCCUCCAGGCCAAGAUCUCCAACAUGAGCACCACUAAAAAGAUGGACAUGCAGGUGUUUUGUGCUGAUGUAACUGAUCUCUUCACCUGUUCAGCCAAACCCAACAUCACUCUGAGGGAAACUUACAGAGUGCAGUUGAGUUCCUGCUGUAAUGCGUCCGGUUCUCUGUUCCUGACUCAGAAGAACUCUGAGGUUAAUCAGAGCGUUCCAUAUGAAACCAGACCAAACGUCAAAUACAAACUCAGACCUGAUGUGUACAGGAAGCUGCCUCAGGACAUGCCCUGGAAGGGGCGCUCUCUGGGCCAUUGUGCUGUGGUGGGCAGUGGUGGGAUUCUACUCAACAGUAGCUGUGGAAGAGAAAUCGACAGUGCAGAUUUUGUCAUCAGAUUUAACAUGGCUCCAGUCAAUAACAGUGAUGUGGGUGUGAAAUGUGAUCUGAUGAACAUCAACCUGAGUCAGAUCAGCAGAGAUUGUUUCUCUUUUUGUUUUAGGUUUUCUGACUUCAUGCGUAACGACAGCCGUUUAAGACGAAGGCUGAGUGAAUACACUAACACGUCCUUCAUGAUCGCUGCCUUCGCCUACACAUUCUGCACUAAACAGUCCAUUAACCUGCUGCAGGCAAUGUGGCCUGAGCGCCACCUGCUGUUCUUAAGCCCCACCUACAUGCGCACACUGGACCGAUUCUGGAGGGGGCGUGGCCUGAGGGCACAGCGCCUAUCAACAGGGUUUAUGCUAAUCAGCUCGGCGCUGGAGCUAUGCGAGAAUGUGCACGUGUACGGAUUCUGGCCGUUUAGCACUGACCUGCACCAGCGGCCGGUGAAUUAUCAUUACUACGAUAAAAUGCAGCCAGACCGUGCAGUGCACGCCAUGCCCGAGGAAUUCCUGCGCUUACUGCAGCUCCACAGCCAGGGGGCGCUAACACUGCACCUGCAGCCCUGUGCCUGAACACCAGGGGGCAGCGCUGUGGAGGAUAAAUCGACCACUGCAGCUUCAUUUCAGUGAUUCUGUUUUUCUGAAUAAAACUAAAAUUCAUUCCAUCAAACAGAAAACUUCAUAUGCAGAUAUAUAAGUUGUAUUUAAAUGUAUUUAAAUGCAAAACUGAGAGCAUGUGCAGUGAACCUUGAUAGUUUUGUGUGAUGAUCAUUAAAAUCCACUGUAUCUACUAAUCUGAUCCCACAAAGCAGGAUUUUUUGCUUGUCCAGCUGACUUUACACUUAGUUUGAUCUAUUUUUCUGUCUCAGGACGGUGGACUGCACUUAUGUAUUGUAUUGUAUUGCACUGCUCUGUGUUUAACUCUCUUCCUUUUUCUCUCUGUAUCAACAGGGACUUUUUGUUUCUAGCAGUAUCUGAGCUCAGGACUGUCUUUCUCUCUAACCUAUUGGUAACUAGCAAAGAUACUUUCUCUAGAUAGACAGAGCACUUUUGGUAAGUCGCUCUGGAUAAGAGCGUCUGCUAAAUGAUGUAAAUGUAAAUGGAUCUUUUUUGUUGUUGUACAUCACCAUGAUAAAAUGCUGCAUCUCUGACCUGCUCCAGGGAUGGUUACAUUCAGGAUUGAGGACCAUAACAGCUCUGCUGACCAAUCAGGGCUGAGCUUCUGACUUUUGACCGCUGUGAGAGGAAGCUGAUCAAAUCUUCACUCACUUGUUUGGUCAGCGUAUCUGAGAGAUAUCAGAUUAACCUGCUCUGAAAUGUCCCUAUAAAUCAGUACAAGCUGGUAACAAACACUGAAAUAACUCACCAAGUCAUCAGAACUGAAGGACAUUUAUAUUAUACUGAAGUUAUUUCACUCGUGACAGAACGUGAACUCAGCUACGUUCAGUAAAGCAGCUAAAUUAGCUUUGAAAAGUCACUAAAAAGGUUUCAAAAGGUUUAUAUUUGAACCCACUUUCAUAUCAUCACUGCUGUCUCAGUAAAUCUGAUAACGUUUAUAAAGUCUCGUCUGUACAGUGUCUCGUCCUCGUUUGGGGAUACAUCGUAAAAAGGGAUGCAAAAGUGUUUAAAAUUAUUUGUAAUAAAACUAAAUAAUUAAUGAAAGAAUCUCACCAUUAAUGUAAUUUAUAUAAAAGUUUGCUGUAAUUAUUGUGUUUCUGUCAGAAUUCAUUUCAUUAAAUUACAUCCAUGACAGUGAAUCAUA